UCGUCCUUGGUCCCUGGUUCGCUUUGGUUGUCCUGUUGUGCCUCUGAUAGUUUCUGAGGAGUGCCCUUCAGGGGAAGUCUGCGGCAGCGGCCUCUGGCAGCCUCUAGAGCCUCGUUUACUAAAACGCUCAGCCCAUGGGGUGGAGAUCGGUGUCAAGAGAAUCUCCUGGAGAGGGUGAAAGCUAAGCAUGGGGAAGAGCUGCAAGGUGGUCGUGUGUGGCCAGGCAUCUGUGGGCAAAACCUCAAUUCUUGAGCAGCUCCUGUACGGGAACCACGUUGUGGGUUCUGAGAUGAUUGAGACCCAGGAAGACAUCUAUGUGGGCUCUAUUGAGACAGACCGAGGGGUGCGGGAGCAGGUGCGUUUCUAUGACACUCGGGGUCUCCGGGAUGGGGCCGAGCUGCCCAGGCACUGCUUCUCCUGCACUGAUGGCUACGUCCUGGUCUACAGCACAGACAGUCGAGAAUCGUUUCAGCGAGUCGAGCUGCUCAAGAAGGAAAUCGACAAGUCCAAAGACAAGAAGGAGGUCACCAUCGUGGUCCUUGGCAACAAGUGUGAUCUGCAGGAGCAGCGUCGUGUAGACCCCGACGUGGCCCAGCACUGGGCCAAGUCAGAGAAGGUGAAACUGUGGGAGGUGUCGGUGGCUGACCGCCGCUCCCUCCUGGAACCUUUCAUCUACCUGGCCAGCAAGAUGACCCAGCCCCAGAGCAAGUCUGCCUUCCCCCUCAGCCGCAAGAACAAGGGCAGUGGUUCCUUGGAUGGCUGAAGAGCUGCCCUUCUUUCUUUACUGUCCCAGCACUAUCCCAGCAUGGGUCGAGGGCGCGGGGUGCAGAAGCAAGCUGCUCUUCCAAUCAGUAAGGAGCAAUCCUCUAGGCCAGGGAGCUGGGCUGGCCCAGGCCAGUGCCACUUUUGUCCCCUCCUGACUCCAAGAAAUGCAAGUGAACGUGAUUGCUGGCCCUCCCCCUCGACCCUUCCACGACAGUCCCCACCCCACCCCCAGCUCACAUCACAUUUUCUCCACUGUUACCUGGACACUUCUGGUACAUAGUGUCCCCUCCAUCUGCCUGGGGCAGGAAGCAGGGCAGGCAUGCCUAAGUGCCCAGUCCAGGAUCGGCUCCUAUCAGGGAUUCCAACUCUCUAAAUUUCCUGCCAGUAACACAGCACCAACCUGGUCUUGAGAAAGUGACCAGGUAUUGUGAGCCCAGAGUUCUAUGUACUGAUCUAGGGUUGGCUCCUCGUUCCUUACCCUGACCUUUCUCCUGACUUGUCCAAGGCUGGGAAAAGCCAGGCUCCUGGGAUUGGUGUUUUCUGUUUGACCUCCACCCAUCUCCCAGCUGUUUCACUUCCUCUUCCUGCUCUGGGAGUAGAGGCCUCAUUGGUUGAGGUGGAGCAGAAUGAUGACUGGGCUGUCAAUCACCCUAUGACCUAGCAAGGUCAGUCUUCUCUAGGCGUCAGUUUUCUCAUCUGUGAGGUGACAGGAGCUUGGAUGAUCACUUGCAGCCUUGGCAGCUCUGUGUUUUUCUAAAGCCAGUGGCUUGGGCCACCUGUGUCUGCCCCUGCUUCACCCUCUUCAAGGUGCUACACCUCCCAGCCCUGGAGGCUGGACAAGCCUCUCCUUCAACCACCAGGGGGCAGGAGUGCACUCUGCUCAUUGGCACAGUCUUGGGACCUGCCCAUAGUGGAUGUCCAUCCCUCCUGGUUGUUUUCAGCUAGUAGCUGGACUUAUAUUUAUAUUUUCUCUCUGUAUUUCUACGCCUGCUACCCUGGCGAAGGUGGGAUAAGCCGCUCCUCUAGCCCUUCUUACCUCAGAUGCCUGAACAGAACCAGGCAGAGCAGUAGCAGCUUCCUAGGAGCUGACAGGCCUUGUGCCAUCAAGUGAGCAUACAACCCACACCUUCUGGUGCCUGCCUUGAGCUUUUGAUGUGCACGCCUCACAUGAGUUAGACACCACAGCCGGGCCACCUCCAACACCACCCCUUCUCCCCAGAACAGGCGGGAAGGGGCUGAUGCCCAGGGCUGGGAAGGAAAGUUAAGGCAUCAACAGGCUCAGGCUUGAAGUUCAUUUAUUAAUGUGUUGGACACAAUAAAACCACGACUGCUGUUAUCAAAAA